GUUCUAACUUCAGCAAUGGCCAGCGUGCAAACGGAUUUCCGGAUCGUUGUUGAGAAUGUGAUGAACCGGUGGACCGCACUGCGGAUGGCCGUAGAGCACGGAAUGGGAGGCCCUUUGGGAUUGAAUACUGCCAUCGAACUGAUCGACUACGUUACAUCGUACUGCACGGAAAACAAAAACGUCGAUUCGUUCGAUCUGCGCGAGAUACUGGAGGAAAUCAUGGAUCAGGAGUACGAAACGAUCUGCGAGGACGAUUCGAUACAAGAAAUCAGUGUCCUGUUGGUUACGUACUUGAACCUGCUGAAGCAAGGAAAGGGCGACGAGGUAAGGGCACAGCUGGGCCUAAUGAAACCGUGUGAAAUGUGGAUUGUAAGUGGGGCCAAGAUUAAGUAUCAGCGUAUGGACGAUAGCAGCGACAGCGAAAACGAUGACGACGAUCGGGAAGAGAGGAUGGAAGUAGAACAAACCACCACAAACGGCAACGUAGAAGUGAUUGGUCCUAGCACCGAAGGAUCCAGCACCAAGUUCAUAGAAGAAACCAUCGAUCCCGGUUGGACCCAGGUACGGGGCAGAAGGCGUAGAUAAGUGGUAAGGAGCGUCGGCUAGCGGUUAGGAUACGG